AUUCGAUGCGAAGAUGGUUUUGUGUUCGUCCUGCUGCUAUUACCUCGACCUCCGUUGGGGCUGCUUUUGGUCCGGAGUCGCAAUGAUCCCGUACUAUACGCUCAUGGCAUUUCUGAUGUUCGAUGAUCUCGAAGAAUCCCAUGAAGCCCUCGAUGAAAACAUGGACGCUCGUCUGGAAACUCACGGCUUUUGGGUGCUGGGCAUAACAUACACAAUAAUGGGUAUACUCUCUUUUCCUCUGCUCUUUGCUGGCCUGCUGAAUAUCUCCUGGCUUUGUGUCGCUUUCCUUGUGUUACAAAUACCACCGGUCUUGGUGAAUUGCUACUAUCUUUUGGUGGCCAUUAUGUAUGGCAUUGAACUCGAAACGUUCAUCACCUAUGGCGUGCCUCAGGUAUUAGUGAUCUACAUCGAUCUGGUGGCAUAUUCUUAUCUAGAGGAGAAAAGGAUCAUUGCCAACAACCGAAAAUAUGAGGCUGAAGAAGUCCCAGUAGCAUAACAUUGAGGUUUUUCCAUUAGCGUAUGGCCAUAAGCUGCUUUCGGCAAACCAGUUAGCGAAUUCCCUUGGGGAAUCGUACGAUCAAAAAUUUACCAAAUUUAAAAUGAAAACCACAUACUAAAUGCUUUUUCCGGUAGAAUACACAAACAACAGCGAUAAGGUUGAGGCUCUCUGCCUGCAGAGAGAGAAAGAAACAUGUCAAGAAAUAAAAACCAAAAUGAUUUAUCAUAAUGGGAGUUUCGGAGUCGGAGUCAGAGUUUGAAUCGGGAUCGGAAUCAGAGUCUUGUGCUCCCAGCGGCGUUGCCUAAACGGGCGAUAACGAUGUCCGAGAAGACGACGACGACGAUGAUGACGAUGACGACGACGACGGCGUAGACGAUAUCGAGACUGAGAACGGUGCCUCUGAAUGGUUGUCCUCGACCGGGCCGAAAUGUCAACUCUUCAUAUAAAAAUUAACGAAAUAUAAAUUAAAAAAUAUUCCCUACCUCCAU